AACACAAACCUUGAGAAAUAUCUUUCCUUUUGGAUGUGAGGGAAGAAAGGCGAGAAAAUAAGAGGGAAAGAAAAGGAGAAGAAAAGGGGGGAAAAGCUUCCAUAGAAACGCACACUCUGUGUCUGUCUUAGUUCUCGACUAUCAAGCGUCUCUCCCUCUUGCCUGAUGCUUUGUUUGAGACCUCCUCUGCCAGUCAUAUCAAGUAGAUUGGAAGUGACAACAUUUUCCAAUAAUACUGGGAGUGUGGUGGUAUGUGCUUUAAAAGGUCCACGACCAAGAUAUCCUCGGGUAUGGAAAUCGAGAACGAGAAUUGGGACAAUCUCCAAAUCAGCCAAGCUUGUUGAUUGCAUAAAGGGAUUGUCAAAUGUCAAGGAGGAAGUGUAUGGGGCACUUGAUUCAUUUGUUGCUUGGGAAUUGGAGUUCCCUCUAAUUGCUGUUAAGAAAGCAUUGAAGACUCUUGAGAAUGAGCAGGAAUGGAAGAGGAUAAUUCAGGUAAUAAAGUGGAUGCUGAGCAAAGGCCAAGGACGGACAAUGGGAACAUACUUCACCUUACUCAAUGCUUUAGCAGAGGAUGGGAGGCUUGAUGAAGCUGAAGAGCUUUGGACGAAAUUGUUUUCUGAGAAUUUAGAAAGCAUGCCUCGCGUUUUCUUUAAUAAGAUGAUUGCUAUUUACUACAAGAGGGACAUGCAUGAGAAGAUGUUUGAGAUAUUUGCUGACAUGGAGGAGCUCGGUGUCCGACCAAAUGUUGCAAUUGUUAAUAUGAUGGGUAACGUAUUCAAGAAGCUGGGUAUGCUGGACAAAUACCACAAAUUAAAGAAGAAAUAUCCAAGACCGAAAUGGGAAUAUAAGUACAUCAAAGGAAAGCGUGUUAGGAUACGAGCAAAAGAAGUUGAUGAAUUUGAUGCAUCUAAUGAAGAUGUAAACAGGGACAAUGAAAUAUCCCGGGUUUUGAAUGAAUCAGAAGAAGUGGAUACAAACUUUAAUGAAGCUGAUGUUGAAGCUCCAUGUUCUUGAGCUGUUAGAAGCUUGUCAUCAUCCUUGCGCACCACCACCUCCCGGGUUCAGUUUAAUUUACGGAGAACACGAUCUAUGCCGUUCCAUCCUUUGUUCUCAAGAAAUUGAAUUGGAUUUGCCUCUAUGAGAAGGCUGGAAAUAUAAGCUGUAUAUGAUACUUUAAUUUUGAUUUUGAAAUGCUCACAUGUUAUUUUCGAUGUUGAUCUAUUUAUUGAGCAAAGUAAGCUUGCAUUCCUUUC